AUCAGCUUCUUAGCUGUGACUUGGAGUUUAGAUUUUAAAACUGUUCCAAGGGGAGCACAUCUGCUCCAUCCAACUGAGAUUGAAGCGGGGAGUGGAUCUGUUUAUUUUCACUUCAGUGGUGGAAAAAUGUCUCUGUCUUUCCCUUCUCUAUCCCCCGCUUCUUCCAGGUGUGUGCUUUUCGGGCUCUGGCAGAGCCUGAGGAGGGCGGAUGCCUGCCUGGAAAAGAGACGGUAAAGAAAUCUUUUCCCCACAAGAGAAUUGUUGGGGGCUGUUCAAGGACUGAUGAGGGCGAGGAGCGAGCCGACACCAAGCGUGACGUUCGCGCCCGCUGAAAGGGGCGGGCAUGUGGGCGAGCCCUGGGGUCAAGGCAGCAGGAGCUGCAGGCUCAGCCCGCCCGCUCAGUGUGAUGAACGGGCGAAGCGGGAAACAGCUCGUGGGGCAGCCUGCGUUGCAGGGGUGGUGGUGGUGGCUGCGAUGGACGGAGCAAGGAACCGGAGAAUCGCCGCUGACGGGGCCGGAGGAAACGAGAUUCCUGAUGUUUUCCUGACACGUUUUGAAUACUGAGUUUUCCUUUCUAACAAUGAACAGUUCAAAACCAUUGGCGUUGGCUGGAAUUGGUAUAUUUUCCAACUCUACCUGUCCCACAGAAAAGAAGAUCUCUGUGUUUUUUUCUGUUAUCUUCAUGACGGUGGGGAUUUUAUCCAACAGUCUUGCAAUAGCAAUUCUCAUGAAGGCAUAUCAGAGGUUCAGACAGAAAUCAAAAGCAUCUUUUUUGCUUUUUGCUAGUGGCUUGGUUAUCACAGACCUGUUGGGCCAUCUCAUCACUGGAACCAUUGCAGUAUUUGUAUAUGCAUCUGACAAAGACUGGAUUCGAUUUAACCAGUCAAAUGUUCUCUGCAGUGUUUUUGGCAUCUGUAUGGUGUUCUUCGGACUAUGUCCCCUUUUUCUGGGCAGUGUGAUGGCUGUUGAACGCUGCAUUGGAGUCACUAAGCCAAUAUUUCAUUCAACAAAAAUGACUUCUAAACAUGUAAAAAUUAUGUUGAGCAUGGUAUGUCUUUUUGCCAUUUUCAUAGCUUUGCUGCCUAUACUUAGGUUAAGAUCCUAUCAAAUUCAGGCAUCAAGAACCUGGUGUUUUUAUAAAACUGAGCAUAUUGAAGACUGGGAAGACAGAUUUUACCUCUUACUUUUUUCAUUCUUGGGUUUACUAGCCCUUGGUAUUUCAUUCUUGUGCAAUGCUGUGACGGGGAUUACACUCUUAAGAGUCAAAUUUAAAAGUCAACAUAGACAAGGCAGAUCUCAUCAUUUUGAAAUGAUCAUUCAGCUUUUGGCUAUAAUGUGUGUCUCUUGCAUUUGCUGGAGUCCAUUCCUGGUGACCAUGGCCAAUAUUGGAAUAAAUGAAAAUCAUUCCCAGGAAUCUUGUGAAACAAUACUAUUCGCUCUCCGAAUGGCAACGUGGAAUCAAAUUUUAGAUCCUUGGGUAUACAUUCUUCUCAGAAAAGCUGUUCUUAGAAAACUCUACAAGAUUGCUAGAAGAUUUUGUGGUGUACACCUUAUUAACUUGCAUACAUGGGAACUCAGCUCCAUUAAAAAUUCUUUAAAAGUUGCAGCAGUUUCUGAUUCACCAGUUAGUUUCAAGCAAACGAAUCAGCAUUCAGUUCAGCAGUGCAAUAAACUGAAGUAUGGAGAAAUGAACAGGUAGCAGUCAAAUCUGAAAAGUCUGAGUUGUGGAAAGUCGGUUUCUUGCUGAAAGGACUUAGCACCUUGAAAACUGGACUUCUCAAAACUUUAAAAAAAAUUAUAUUCACAGAAAAAAGCAACGAGAAGUAAAUCUGCAAGAGACAAUACAAUACAAUCAACUGUUACAAUCUGGAAAUACUGCAUUAAUUGUUAAUAAUUCAUCAGAAAUUACACCACAUUGGCAUUAUAGCUAUAAUCAUGUGGUUAUGAAAACCACUUGUUAAGUAUUGUGAAACUUCAAAAAUACAGUACAUUUACAUAGUAAAAACCUGUGAAAUAUCAUUUGCCAAAUGGUAAUUUUGAGCAUUCCAACUGAGGUUAGAAUCAAGCAUGUCGCAAAAUUAAGGGUUUUGUGUGUGUGUGUGGAAAAACAACAACAACAAAUGGUUGAUAGUAAUGUUAGAAUUACAUCACACUUGUUUUGAGCUAAAUAAAAUAGGUAUAGCAUAUAAUUAUAUAGACUGAAUUUUAAAGAAAUUCAUGGGGCAGGACAUACUGAGUUUGGAGUCCAUUGAUUAUCCAGUGUUUCAACAAGAGAAUGGAAGAAAAAGUGGCUAUGAUGAAAAGAGUGUGGAUACCAUUCCAUAAGCAAAGGAUUUUACAUAGAGUUGGGAAGCUUUUAAUAAGAAUUUGUUAAUAUAUCAGUUUACUAGUUCACCAGCCUUAAAUUUUUGGGACCUAGUACCAUGUUUUAAAUGAUGUUUUAAAGUGGUUUCAGCGCUUUGCUUGCCAUCCUGGGCUCCUGCUGGGAGGAAGGGUGGGAUACAAAUUAAAAAAUAAAUAAAUGUUUUUUAAGAAACCAGGCCCUUGCAGUACUACAUAAAUAUUUGAAGUCCCAUAAUAUUUCUAGGAUCUCAGGCAACUAAGUGCCUAGGAUUUUUCAUGCCUUGUAUAUGCUUGCACGUUUUUUAAUUGAAAAAGUGAUGAUGGUAAAGCAGAGAUGUUAAAUCUGUGUACCCAUCAUUAGUUUACAAGCAAAAGCAUUGGACCAUUUGUGAGCAUACUUACAGAAGUCACAAGCCUGGCCUAGAAUUACUGCUUCUUCUUUUUCUUCUUCUUUUUAAGUGAAAAUAAUGUGUGAAACAGUACCACUCAAUGCUACUGCUGCUAUUAGUAUUUCAACUACUACUCUCAAAGAUUUUAUCAGCACAAAUAAUUUACUAACUGCUGUACAUGAAUGGCAUUGUGCAAAAGGCUUAGAGCAGUGGUUCACAAUUUUUUUCCCCCAUGGACCAUUUGAAAAUUGCUGAUGGUCUUGUUGGACCACUUCAUGAUUUUUUUGCCAGUUCCAGCGAU